CGACCAUCACACGAUAUCCCAAGGUAAAACUCUCUUCCUCGGCUUUGCUGCAAUUGAGACCGGUCUCUCGUUCUUUUGCGAUUGUGUCUCAGAGUUCGUUUGUAUAUUCUCUAUUCGAUCUGAUGGGUUUUCAUUGUACUUGCUGCACUAUUUCGUGUUCUGGGAAUCUGGAGAAGGCGUUGAAUCGCGCUGAUCAAGAAGAUGAGGCAGAGAGGCGGAGGAAGGAAGAAGCUGACUUUAAGGCGAAGCUGGCCGAGAUAGUGGAGAAGCAAAGGAGAAGUGAAAGAGAUCUGGAAGAGAAAGAGAGGUUGAGGAUGGCGGCGGCUCUACAGGGUCGGCCACCACGUAUCGUGGUGCCGCAGAGGCCGGGUGCGGACCCUCAGGGUCAGGGAUACGUCCCGAGGUUUCGUCGCGGCGACGAUGGUGGUUACUACUUUGUUGAAUCGGAGAAGGGUAGACUGAACAUCAAACUCUGAGCUCACGCUUUCCUUUUAUAAUUUGAUCCAAAGGAUAAUGUAUGCGUUUCUUUGUGAUUAGCUAUUAACUCAACUAAUCACUAUUUCUUCACUUCCCGCUUCUGGAUUUCAUAUCUUGAUAUCCCUCCUCAUGUUUGGCUCCACCACAUUGGUAACACCUAAUUUGAUCAAAAUUUUUUGCAUACGAUAUUGAUCCAGGCCUUUAGUGAACACGACUGGUAGUUGGUUGACAAUAUUAACAUUAUUCAGCUUAAUGUAUCCCUCCUUAGGGAUGACAAUUACCCACCGUGGGUAAUUAUACCCAAAUUCAAGUACAUCCAUUGACAUUGAUAAUGGGUAGGGUAUGAGAGUGAAGUAUAUAUAUGGGUUUUGGUAAGAUAUGGAUAUUGCUUCCAUAAUCUAAAUGAGUAUGGGUUGAGUAUGGAUAUCCAUUCACUUGAGAGUAUUUUAACUACACAUAUAAAUAUUGGACCUAUUU